GCUGUGAAAAGAGCGCCUUGAUUAAAAGCGGAGACGUUAGCGGAAGCAUCCUGGUCUCCAUCAUGAGUUUCUUCUCAGGUCCGUCCAGUCUUCCGGGCUGCACCAGUAUCCAGCAGCAGAGAGAGCGCUGGGAGAGGAAACGCAGCCGGACAGCUAAAGAGCUGGUUCAGAGUGAGCAGAGAUACUGUCAGCAGCUCCAGCUCGUCAACACGUACUUUGUGGAGAUCCUAAAGGCCAAAGGAACCCUGAAGCCAGACAUUAGAGAAAAGAUCUUCAGCUCAAUUAAAGCCAUCCAUUCAGUGAAUCAAGCUCUGCUGGUCCAUUUAGAGAACGGUUAUAUUGGUAGAGGCUUCACUCAAUUCUGUCCUCACCUCAGUCACUACAACACCUACGUGGACAACAUCUACAACUCCAGCAAAGUACUCCGGAUCCAGGUGAAAAAGAAUAAAGCCUUCAGACGUUUUAAGAAACUUCAGGAAGACCGACCGGAGUUCAACAACCAAACACUGGAGGAUUUACUACAACUUCCUGUCCUAAGGAUUGACCAGUACAAACACUUCCUGCAGGACCUGGCAGCCAACACGAGUCCAGACAACCCUGAGUUUCAGCAGAUUUCAAGCGCGGUGGAUGCAGUGAGCGAGGUGUCCCAGCAUAUCCAGAACAAUACUCGGCGCCAUGAGAACCACCUGCAGCUGUGCCGGGUGCAGAAACUGCUGAAGGGGCGAAAGACAAAGGUGUUGGCUGCAGGGCGUUGGUACAUCCGUGAGGGCUGGCUGAAGACGGUUCCUCCCAAAGGUAAAGAAGCCAAACCAAAGAUGUUCUUCCUGUUCUCCGACAUGCUGCUGCAGGCCAAACGCUGUAGUCCGCUGCAUCCCACCAACGGGGACAAGUUUGCCGGUCAGCACGCCUACCCUCUGCACGACUGCAACGUGGAGAAAGUGUUCGGACACACCCGGAGCCAGGGCGGCCUGCUCAGCCUGACGUUCCCUGAGGCCAAACUUCUGCUGAUGUCCAACAACCAGGAAGAUCUGAAUGACUGGUACCAGAGCCUCUCCUCUGCUGUCAGGAAGCUUCAGAAUCAAGACAACGUGUAUCUCAGAGACGAUAGGAACAGGAAACCAGAGAGAGAUGCUCACAACAACAGGAAGAGGAACAUGGUGAGUAGUGACAGCACUGAGCACGCUCAGGCGUCUGCAGCAGAGUGGGAGAGUAGCGCCCCCAAGAGGAUGAAGCAGGCUGAUGCAGCAGAGAACAAUGGUGCAGAGACGUCGUCCAGCUGUGUCAUCCUCUGAUCAACAAGCUCUUCUGCAGAUCAUCACAGACUUCAGACGGACGUUUGAACCAAAAACAACUCUAAAACAGCUACACAUCUGUGCCUUUAACAUGUUUUUUAUCUAACUGCAGCUUCUGCUCUUCAAGUGCAAUAUAAACCUUAUUUAUGUGCUGCUUU